AUGACUCCGUGGCGCAGUCGUCAAGAGGCCGUUGGUGUGUGCGCUGGUGACGAAAAUCUGGGACGCGGUGACAGUGACCCGGGCGAUUUGGGCCUGGUGCGCAUGGUCGAGGUGGACUGGUCUGAAGAUGAAAUCGAAAGGUCGCAAUUAGGUGGCGCAAUCCGUGACGCUUACGUCCUUCUCGCGCGUGGGGAGAGCCGCCCGCGGUGGGCGAAGCGGCGGCGCGAGAUUCAAUCCCAUGGCGGCGUGCGACCCGCGCGCACUUUCACACGAAGCGCAGGUUUUCCCUUUCAUCCGCCGCGAAGAGAUGCGCCCAUGACUCCGCCGACGAACGACAUCGAAAUGACGCCGCGGCGACUGACGGACCAUCGGUACGGGCUAGCGCAACCCUCGGAUUCGGUU